AUGUACAUGCAUUUAAAUGCGUCCACCCCACCGACAUCCGACCCCCAGCCAGAUCCAGGAAAAUUCAAUCCACCGACAAGCCCAACCGGGCUCGCGACUCCCUCAAACAUCCUCAACUUCACUUAUCAGUCCUGCUACACCGAAAUUACUGUUGGGCGAGCCCUUUCAUCCUUUGUUUUGGCAGACUCCAGCAUCACUUUGCAAACAUGUGCAUCAAAUUGUACUCAAUACCAGUAUUUCGGGGUCGAGUAUGGCCGCGAGUGUUACUGUGGCAAUAGUCUUGGAUCUGGCUCUGUUCCUGCCGCCGAUGGCCGCUGCAAUAUGGCGUGUGCAGGGAAUUCCAGCAUGGCUUGUGGCGGACCAAAUGGAUUGACACUCUACAAGAAUCCUAAUUUCGAAGCCAAUCCAGAUGCUCCCAGUACUCCGCCAAGUCCAGUGGGCCCUUCGAUUGUCUCGAGCAUUGGCAACUGGCAGUAUGUCGACUGCUACAUUGAGAUACCUGGUCGAGCGUUAACCGGUAAGGCCGUCGCAAGUAAUGACAUGCUGGUUGCAUACUGCGCCGGAAACUGCACAGGGUUCAAUUUCUUUGGUGUCGAGUACGCGAAGGAAUGCUAUUGUGGCAAUUCUCUUUCGUCUGGUUCUAUGGCAACCACAGACGGCCGAUGCAACAUGGCUUGUGCUGGUAACUCCAGCACGAUAUGUGGCGGACCCAACGGCUUAAGCUAUUAUCGAUUUGUGGUCCCUUCAAGUUCGAGUUCGACCACAUCUUCAAAAACUCUUAUGUCGUCGAGCACUGUAUUUGCAGGUUCACCAUCUGUAGCAAUGAGCACCACGCAGUCGGCGUUUAGCACGAUCAUUGUUGCCAGUGCCUCCUCCACACGCUCCUCAACUUCUGUAACAACAUUCUCGACACUUUUUGAUUCGACCACAUCAUCAAGCUCAACGUCUUCCAGCACGAGUUUCUUACAAGUCUUAUCGACAAGCAUGACUUCAGUUACAAUUACAACCUUGAGUAGGAGCACUAUUAGUACUGGAACGUCCUCCACUUCAAUGUCCGUGCUAGGAUCACUAGCGACAUUCUCGAUCACCACGAGCACCGUCUCAACCGCAAUGUCAACAACGACGUCAACAUUUACCAGGUCAAGCGCCGCCUCAACCUCUCCAGGCUCAACGACUUCCUCCUCCAGCACCAUGGAAAUUCCCACUUCGAUGACGAUGACGACGACGAUCCCGUUUCAACGCUCGGCUGCUCUUACAGCUACAGUGGGCAGUGCAUCCUCUACCUCUUCUACUUCACGGGGUUCAUCAUCAUCUAGCAUCAUGAGUACCACGGCUUCAAGCUCUAGCAGCACGACAUAUCAUUCUCCUUCUCCUCCUGCUACGAGCACGGGCACAAGCAUGAGCAGCAAGAGUAUAAUAACCAGCAGCACGACGAUCAUACCACCCUCGAGCUUCAGUCUGGUGCUCUCAAGUUCCAGUUCAAGAAGCGCAACGGCCAUUUCCAGCAUCAUCCCUUCUUCCUCCUCCUUAGGCUCUUCUCUCACAUCCAGAACAACUUCGACUUGGACGUCAAGCCCAAGCCCAACAUCCGAACCCGAUCCAACCGACCCCUACAUCCCGCUAGGCUGCGCCCCCGAAGCGUCCGGCGGCCGACUGUUGUCCUCUUUAAGCAGCACGUCCAACAGCAUGACGGUCCAAACGUGCCAGAGCUUCUGCACAUCGAACGGGUUCCCCUUCUCGGGGGUCGAAUACGGGCGGGAAUGCUACUGCUCGUCCAGGCUCGCGGCGUCGACCGCAGUCAACGCAACAGGCUGCAGCAUGCCAUGCGCGGGCAACGGCACGCAGACAUGCGGCGGCCGCAGCCAGCUGAACGUGUACCGCAACGCGCUCCUCCCGGUGGCCGGGACGCAGACGCCGCUCCUGGGCUACGGCUACUCGGGGUGCUACACAGACUCGUCUGCGGCGGCGCGCCUGCUGGGGAGGUACAGCUUCAGCAGCGUGUCGGGCAUGACGCAGGGGGUGUGCGUGGCGGCGUGCCAGGACCGGGGCUUUGGAUACGCGGGUGUCGAGUAUGGGCGGGAGUGCUAUUGUGGUGAUGGGAUGAAUCUGGUUGGGCCUGGUGGUAAGGCGGAAAAGGCGGCGAGUGAGGACGAGUGCGACAUGUUGUGUACGGGUGAUCGUGCGCAGAUCUGUGGUGGGCGGAGCCGCAUUGGAGUUUGGAGCGUGCAAGGCUGA